AUGGAUAACAGUCCCGCUGGGACUCAUAUCAUAAUACCCGUUGAAGCGAUCAACACCUCCUCUAAGUUAUGGGGUCCGAACGCAAGAGAGUUUAGGCCGGAGCGAUGGCUGGAAGGGGGAAAAGACGAGACAAAGAAUGGCCUUGCGGAGUCCGCUAGCUCGAUCAGCGGAAGGGGCCAUCAGAAAGUCCUGACUUUCGGGGACGGGCCGAGGAUUUGUCUAGGGAAGAGCUUUGCAUUGGUCGAGAUGAAGUGCCUACUGAGCAAGCUCGUCCGGCAGUUCGUCUUCACUCCGGUUCUGUCGGAUGUUCGUGUCGGUGAAUGGGAACAUACCGCACCCUCAGCGUUCGACCACAAACGGACGGUGGAGCAGGAGGAGAGCAGGGUCUGGUACUGCGUAUUUCUAAAGCUCAAUGAAAGCAACCAGACUACCCACAAGCGGACCACCAAGUCACUGAUAGUAGCCAUCACGGCAUAG